CCCCCAAUCCCCUCCGGCUCGGCUGCGCCCGGGGCCGCAGGCCCGUACCUGAGCUGGCCCCGGCGCCCUCCCGCCCGCCGCGCCGCCCCGGCCGCCCCUCCCCGCGCCCCCCGCGCCUCCGCCCCCGCCUCCUCCCGCCCUCCGCCUCCCUUCCCCCUCCCCGCCCAGCCGCGGCCGCUCGGGCCCCGGCUCUCGGUUAUAAGAUGGCGGCGCUGAGCGGCGGCGGCGGCGCGGAGCAGGGCCAGGCUCUGUUCAACGGGGACAUGGAGUCCGAGGCCGGCGCCGGCGCCGCGGCCUCUUCGGCUGCGGACCCUGCCAUUCCCGAGGAGGUGUGGAAUAUCAAACAAAUGAUUAAGUUGACACAGGAACAUAUAGAGGCCCUCUUGGACAAAUUUGGUGGGGAGCAUAAUCCACCAUCAAUAUAUCUGGAGGCCUAUGAAGAAUACACCAGCAAGCUAGAUGCACUCCAGCAAAGAGAGCAGCAGUUGUUGGAAUCCCUGGGGAAUGGAACUGAUUUUUCUGUUUCUAGCUCAGCAUCAACGGACACCGUUACGUCUUCUUCCUCUUCUAGCCUUUCAGUGCUACCUUCAUCUCUUUCAGUUUUUCAAAAUCCCACAGAUGUGUCACGGAGCAACCCCAAGUCCCCACAAAAACCUAUCGUUAGAGUCUUCCUGCCCAACAAACAGAGGACAGUGGUACCUGCAAGAUGUGGAGUUACAGUCCGAGACAGUCUAAAGAAAGCACUGAUGAUGAGGGGGCUAAUCCCAGAAUGCUGUGCUGUUUACAGAAUCCAGGAUGGAGAGAAGAAGCCGAUUGGCUGGGACACUGACAUUUCCUGGCUGACUGGAGAAGAGCUGCAUGUGGAAGUACUGGAGAAUGUGCCACUCACAACACACAACUUUGUACGGAAAACUUUUUUCACCUUAGCGUUUUGUGACUUCUGUCGAAAGCUGCUCUUCCAGGGUUUCCGCUGUCAAACGUGUGGUUACAAAUUUCACCAGCGUUGCAGCACAGAGGUGCCACUGAUGUGUGUUAAUUAUGACCAACUUGAUUUGCUGUUUGUCUCCAAGUUCUUUGAACACCACCCAGUACCCCAGGAGGAGGCCUCCCUAGCAGAGACGGCCCUCGCCUCUGGAUCCUCUCCCUCAGCUCCUCCCGCAGACUGCCUUGGGCCCCAAAUUCUCACCACUCCAUCUCCUUCAAAAUCCAUUCCAAUUCCACAGCCCUUCCGACCAGCAGAAGAAGAUCAUCGAAAUCAGUUUGGGCAACGAGAUCGGUCCUCAUCAGCCCCCAAUGUUCAUAUUAACACAAUAGAACCUGUUAAUAUUGAUGACUUGAUUAGAGACCAAGGGUUUCGUGGUGAUGGAGCCCCUUUGAACCAGCUGAUGCGCUGUCUUCGGAAAUACCAAUCCCGGACUCCCAGUCCCCUCCUACAUUCUGUCCCCAGUGAAAUAGUGUUUGAUUUUGAGCCUGGCCCAGUGUUCAGAGGCUCAACCACAGGUUUAUCUGCCACUCCCCCCGCCUCGCUACCUGGCUCACUCACUAAUGUGAAAGCCUUACAGAAAUCCCCAGGGCCCCAGCGGGAAAGGAAGUCCUCUUCGUCCUCAGAAGACAGGAGUCGAAUGAAAACCCUUGGUAGACGGGAUUCAAGUGAUGACUGGGAGAUUCCUGAUGGGCAGAUUACAGUGGGACAGAGAAUUGGAUCUGGGUCAUUUGGAACCGUCUAUAAGGGAAAGUGGCACGGUGAUGUGGCAGUAAAAAUGUUGAAUGUGACAGCACCUACACCUCAGCAGUUACAGGCCUUCAAAAAUGAAGUAGGAGUACUCAGGAAAACACGACAUGUGAAUAUCCUACUUUUCAUGGGCUAUUCCACAAAACCACAACUAGCUAUUGUUACCCAAUGGUGUGAGGGCUCCAGUUUAUAUCACCAUCUGCACAUCAUUGAGACCAAAUUUGAGAUGAUCAAACUUAUAGACAUUGCACGACAGACUGCACAGGGCAUGGAUUACUUACACGCCAAGUCAAUCAUCCACAGAGACCUCAAGAGUAAUAAUAUAUUUCUUCAUGAAGACCUCACAGUAAAAAUAGGUGAUUUUGGUCUAGCCACAGUGAAGUCUCGAUGGAGUGGGUCCCAUCAGUUUGAGCAGUUAUCUGGAUCCAUUCUGUGGAUGGCACCAGAAGUAAUUAGAAUGCAAGACAAAAACCCGUAUAGCUUUCAGUCAGAUGUAUAUGCAUUUGGGAUUGUUCUGUAUGAAUUGAUGACUGGACAAUUACCUUAUUCAAACAUCAACAACAGGGACCAGAUCAUUUUUAUGGUGGGACGUGGAUACCUCUCUCCAGAUCUCAGUAAGGUACGGAGUAACUGUCCAAAAGCCAUGAAGAGAUUAAUGGCAGAGUGCCUCAAAAAGAAAAGAGAUGAGAGACCACUCUUCCCCCAGAUUCUCGCCUCUAUCGAGCUGCUGGCCCGCUCAUUGCCAAAAAUUCACCGCAGUGCGUCAGAACCCUCCUUGAAUCGGGCUGGUUUCCAGACGGAGGAUUUUAGUCUGUACGCUUGUGCUUCUCCAAAAACACCCAUCCAGGCAGGGGGCUAUGGAGAAUUUGCAGCCUUCAAGUAGCCACACCAUCAUGGCAGCAUCUACUCUUAUUUCUUAAGUCUUGUGUUCGUAAAAUUUGUUAACACCAAAACACAGUUCUGUUCCUCAAAUCCUUUUUUAAAGAUACAAAAUUUUCAAUGCAUAAGCUGGUAUGGAACAGAAUGGAGUUUCCUAUUCAAGAGAAGAGGGAAGACUGUUUUAGGAUCCAGAAAUCUCUGCUGCCAGUGUUUCUUCUUCAACACAAAUACUACGUGCACACAAGUAUGCCCACUCCCAGGAAGAAAGGAGAGAGCCUGAAUUCUGACCUUUUGACGGUCAGGCAUGAUGGAAAGAAGCUGCUGCUACAGCUUGGGAGAUUUGCUAUGGAAAGAUUUGCCAGUCAACUCUGCCCUUCUAACCACCAGAUGGAUAUAUGCCUGAACAUUUGACGGGGCAGUUUCAAUCACCAUGUAUCGUUCUCUUUCCUGUUCUGGGAUUUUAUUGUGGAGCUCUUUCCCCUAGCUGUCACUGGUUCCUUUCUGAGGGAUGGAACAAAAAUGCAGUAUGCCUUCUCUGUGUGGGGCAUGUUCAGCCCUUGACCAAUUUCCUCAAGAUGAAGCUCUUUAAAUAAAAUGGAGGGAGAGGGGGAAAUGUUUUUAUUAAAAAUAAGUAAAUAGAUAGAAUGGAGGGUGAGAGGUGACAGGAGUGUUUUUGGUAUAGGGAAAGGGCAUGCUGCAUCUUGAUCCUGACCUCCGGGGUCUGUGGCUUCCUGUUCCUUGCUCAUGAACGUGUCUGCCUAACCACGCAGGCUGGAGAAUGCUGGCACACAUUGCCGCCUUUGGUCAGUGGGUCCAGCAGUUAACAUGGGGUUGGGAUGUUCUUUCUCCACAAUGUAGCAAAUUCUCAGGAAAAUAUAAUUUAUAUCUUCCUCCUAAGCUCUUCCAGUCACCAAAUACUUACGUGGCUACUUUGUCCAGAGCAUAAAAUGCCAUGGGCAAUAAUUAAUUUAAAAACCUACAAAGCCUGUGAGAAAUGUGUGUAAUUUAAGUGUAAGAUACAGGUUUUAAUUUCUGAGUUUGUUCUAUUUUUAUUAUAUUAAAAAGAAAAUGAAUCUCAAAUUUAAUUGAAUUGGAAGAAAAAGAACACAUCCCACCAAGAUUGUAUGUCCCUGUAUUUUUGUUAUAUAAAUAACAUUUAAAAAAAGAUCAUUAUCCUUGCUGUAUCUAAAUAUGGUCAUAGAAUGACAAGUAUUUAUAAUUUUUAAAUUAAUGAUACUUGCUGGAUCCACACUAAAUACCUUUGCUAAUAAUCUCACUGUUUCUUCUGACUGAUUUCUACACUACAUCCUGCACCUCUCUAAUCUUUAAUCUUUUUUUCUAGAAUAUACAACCUAAAAUAAAUGGUGGUGUCUGCAUUCA